CACUUGCAUUGAAAUGAAAAAUUUAACUUUCAUCAAUCGAAUUUUAACUUGAAUAUAUUUGACGAACCGCAUUCUAUGUACUUAAAUAUUCUAAUGUUAAUUAUAAUUCAAUACAGAAAUAAUGGACACAGGACGGUGUGUUAAAAAUCGUAAAAUAAACAAGAUUCGUAAGGAGGUCACAGAACCUCAGGAAUACAGUUAUUCGGAGAAAACAUGUAAUUCCCAUCGAGAAGUGGGUGAUGGUGCCCCAGCCGAAAAUGAAACCGAAAAACCAGAAUUAAUGCUGAUGAACGAAAUGAAUCAUUCUCCUUCACGCAUAUAUUUACAGCUCGAGAUUGAUGUAAUCGCAAUAGGACUUCUAAUAUUGGCAUUAUGCACUCGUUUAUAUAAACUAGAUGAACCUCGCCAUAUUGUAUUUGAUGAAUUACAUUAUGGAAGAUAUGUUUCAUUAUAUACUAAGGGUGUCUUUUUUUUUGAUGCUCAUCCACCACUUGGCAAACAGUUGUUAUAUCUAGCUGGUAGUAUUGCUGGAUAUGAUGGAAACUUUACUUUUGACCGGAUUGGUACUCCAUAUACUGACAAUGUUCCUGUGAAGGCUCUCAGGCUAGUUCCAGCUGUGUCAGGAAGUUUUCUAGUUUUAAUUACAUAUUUUUUGAUGCUAGAACUAUCUUUACAUCAAUGGACUGCCAUACUUGCUGCUUUAUUAGUGCUCCUUGAAAAUUGUUUCUUAGCACAGUCAAGGUUCAUGUUGCUGGAAAGCAUUCAGAUACUAUUUGGCUUGUGCGGUGUGUAUUGUAUUAUUAAAAGUACAAAGAGAAUUGGACUCACAGCACUUGUUUGGCUAUGUGCUGCUGCUGUUUUGCUUGGUUGCUGCUUCUCGGUGAAAUACUCUGGGCUGUACACAUACUAUUUAUCAUUAUUCUUAGUUGGAAGACACAUAUGGUUGCAACUAAACCAAAUAAAAUCAGGAACACGUUUAUUAUUUUCUGCCCUGUGGCGGUUUGCAGUCUUAUUGAUCAUCCCGCUGGCUGUGUAUGUGAGCGUGUUUUACAUGCAUUUGUCUAUGUUGCCAAAGGCUGGACCGCAUGACAGUGUUAUGACGAGUGCAUUCCAAGCAUCAUUACAGGGCGGCCUUGCGAGCAUAACACACGGACAGCCACUGCAUGUCGCUCACGGCUCUCAAAUAACACUCAGGCACACCCACGGCAGGACCUGUUGGCUCCAUUCACACGCGCACGUAUAUCCAGUGCGUUAUGCGGACGGACGUGGCUCCUCACACCAGCAGCAAGUGACUUGUUACAGCUUCAAAGAUGUCAACAAUUGGUGGAUUGUAAAACGGCCGGACCAAGCGUCGCUGGCCGUUUCGCGACCUCCAGACGCUAUAAGACACGGAGAUAUCGUACAACUGUUGCAUGGAAUAACGAGUCGCGCUUUGAAUUCCCACGAUGUGGCCGCAGCUGUUUCGCCUCAAUCUCAAGAAGUGUCUUGCUACAUCGACUACAAUGUAUCGAUGCCAGCUCAGAAUCUUUGGCGUGUGGAUAUUGUGAAUCGUGAUUCUGAAGAGUCAACCUGGGAUAGCAUACGCUCGUUAGUGAGACUUGUUCACGUUGACACGGGGUCGGGCUUGCGUUACAGUGGUCGCCAACUUCCGGCUUGGGGUUUCCAUCAACAUGAGAUUGUUGCUGACAAGGUGUUAUCCCAUCAAGAUACAAUAUGGAAUGUUGAAGAGCAUCGCUAUACCAAAGCCGAUGAUCGAAAAGAACGGGAACGCGAGUUAGUCACGGCUGAAAUGAUACCGACUGCAGUGACCCAAUUAACUUUUUGGGAAAAAUUUACAGAAUUACAAUAUAAAAUGAUAGCACACGCACCUGAUGCCCCUCACGGGCACAUGUUUGCCAGCGAACCAGCUGAAUGGCCUCUGCUUGUUCGUUCAAUUGCAUAUUGGCUCUCUCCUGACUCUAAUGCUCAAAUACAUCUGAUAGGCAACAUUGUAACAUGGUAUACUGGGACAAUAUCGGUAAUAGUCUACAGUGCCCUCCUGGCUAUUUACUCCGUUCGAAAACGUCGAGCAUGUGAAGACUUGCCUCCAUUUGUUUUGAAUAAGUUUUAUGAAACUGGCUAUACAUUAUUUCUAGGUUAUUGGUUACAUUACCUACCUUACUUUUUUAUAGAUCGAACUCUGUUCCUUCAUCAUUAUUUACCUGCAUAUAUUUUUAAGAUUCUUCUUUUGGCUUAUAUUGUGGAUCAUAUUUACUUAGUUUUACAGCUUCAUGAGAAAACUAGACACGUUACAAAUUUAUUUAUUUUAUGUGUAACAAUAUGGCUGUCAUAUAUCGUGCUUACAUUUAAAAAAUUCAGUGUUCUGAACUAUGGAAAUGUUGAUUUAAAGGAAAAUGAUCUAAUGAGUCUUAGGUGGAAAGAUACCUGGGACUUUAUAUUACAUAAAAAGAUAUAAUUUUUAUAAAAUAAGAUGUCCAUAGUCAGUUUAUAAGAUUACAAUCACAAUAAAAUGUAUGUUGUAAAUAAUAAUUGUAAAUCUCAUUAAAUACUCAAAAAUAAUUAUAAGUGUAGAAUAAUAACAAUGAAUCUUUCCGUCCUAAAAGUAUUGAAUGUAUGAAGACUGCUAUGCUACUGUUGAUAUUUUCAAGUAUACUUAAUAUAUUUAAAAAAAUGUUAUUCUAUAACUUAGGUUGGUC